GCCUUAAUUGUGAAAGAGUCCAACUUGGAAAUGUCUUAAGAAGCCUCGUGUCGCUGAUAGCAUGGAUUCUGAUUUAGUAUUUUCAUUCAGCAUAGUCCUUCUAUCAGAGCCAGAGUGGAGGGACACUUCCCAAACUGAAGAUGUUGUCCAUGUUGAAGAGGGUCUUUCCAGCUGCGGAUUCUGCUUCUCCAGGUCCUACUGGAGACCAUGAACUCGCAACCGCGGACACUUUAACGAAGACAGAAUCAAAGUUGCCAGCUGAAAAAGUCGACGACGCCGUUAAUGACCAGCUCCCUGACGAGUCAGCCCAAAACGGAGUAACACAAGCCGAAGCUAUCACCUUAUCAUGGACAAAGACAUCUUUGGGAGCAGCGUAUAUCUUAAUGUUUCUCUUAUACUUUGUUAAUGCUUUUCAGUCCUCAAUCACUAGCAACUUGUCGGCCUACGUGACCAGCGGAUUCGAGUCGCACUCCCUAAUUCCAGUGAUCUAUGUCGUAUCCAGCGUCAUGUCAGCAGCAACCUAUAUGCCUGUCGCGAAAAUACUGAACCUCUGGGACCGCUCUCUUGGAUUCCUCCUCAUGGCAGUCUUCGCCACUGUGGGAUUGAUAUUGUCUGCUACCUGCACGGGCAUCGCAACCUACUGCGCAUCGCAGGUAUUCUACAGUGUUGGAUUUUCCGGUAUGAUCUUUUGCGUCGACGUCAUCACAGCAGACACGUCGACGCUGCGCGAUCGAGGUCUUGCGUAUGCAUUCACUUCCUCGCCUUAUAUCAUCACAGCAUACGCAGGUUCUGCUGCUUCCCAGCAUUUCUACGAAACCAACUGGCGUUGGGCAUACGGCUGUUUCGCUAUUGUCCUUCCUGUUGUUGCAUUGCCAAUGUUUGGUCUCUUGCAGUAUAAUCGCUACAAGGCGAAGAAGAAGGGGCUCCUGCGUAAGAAAGAAGCGAGCGGUAGAUCUCUAAUGCAAAGUAUCAUAUUUUAUACUAUCGAGUUUGACAUCCUGGGUGUGUUCCUUCUGACCGCUGGACUGGUCCUUUUCCUACUUCCCUUCACCAUCGCUGGAUCUACUGCCGACGAUUGGAGGUCUGGCUCGAUCAUUACGAUGCUUGUGAUUGGCAUCGUGUGCUUGAUCGCCUUUGCUUUGGCAGAGCGCUUCCUUGCUCCAGUGCCCUUUCUUCCAUGGAAAUUAUUGGUCUCCAGAACGGUUCUUGGUGCUUGUCUCAUAGAUGUCUGUUACCAGAUCGCAUACUACUGCUGGGCCGACUACUUCACCUCCUAUCUGCAGGUCGUGUACGGAACAAGUAUCGAAGUUGCAGGAUACAUAAGCAGCAUCUUCGACGUGGUUUCUGGAGUCUGGCUUUUAGUUGUGGGAGUUCUGAUCAAGAAAACAGGCCGUUUCCGAUGGUUACUUUGGGGAGCAGUACCUCUCUACAUGCUUGGAGUCGGCUUGAUGAUCUAUUUUCGCAACCCUGACCGGUCUGUUGGCUAUACGAUCAUGUGCCAGGUAUUCAUUGCGUUUGCUGGCGGUACUAUGAUUAUCUGCCAACAAGUUGCCGUCCUAGCCGCAUCAGAUCACAAUCAUGCUGCUUCAUCCCUCGCAUUCCUUAAUUGCUUUGGCUCUAUGGGAGGCGCGAUUGGAAGUAGUAUCUCAGGUGCUAUCUGGACGCACACUUUGCCUGCAGCAUUGAAGCGUCUACUUCCUGAGUCCGCCAAGGCUGACUGGGAAACAAUCUAUGACUCGCUUGAAUCGCAGCUGAGUUACCCAAGUGGCGAAGAGACUCGACACGCCAUUUCCCUUGCUUAUGCAGAGGCACAGAGCAAGAUGUUGAUUGCUGGGACUGCGAUUAUGGCUCUUUCCCUUAUUUGGAUGUUCGUGAUCAGGGACAUCAAGCUUACUAAAGAGACACAGACCAAGGGUGUCUUGUUCUAGUCACUCUCUCCCUCCUUAUUCUUCUUCUUCUUCUUCUUCUUCUUCUUCUCUCUCUCUCUCUCUCUCUUUAUUUAUUUUUUAUUUUUAUUUUUAUUUUUUUGCGCUACGGUACAAUGGAACAUAGCCAUGAGCUAUGAAACCCAGAAUGAUGGAAGCAUUUGAGGAAACGGGGAGUUAGUCAUCUUCGUCAACAUUUAGUUAUUUGAGUUGUCCCAAAUACCUGUCUAUCGUUGCUUUACAAGAAAUUCAUUUGGAUGUCACGCUAUUUCAGCAUUGCACCUGCUUGAAGAUGCUUGAAUUUCCAACAAGUUUGCACCUACAUUUUUGGCAUUCAUUGAUGGUAUCCGAUACAACACAACCGAGCAGGUGCUUAAAAGAUGUAUUAGAGUUACCUGGCAGAGAGGAAUAUCCGGACAUUAAAUAAUAGUUUCGUCUCCCAGGGAAAACGCUCAGCCCUAAGA